GAUGAUGGUGGCGGGGGCGGCUUGGUUCUGAUGAAGGGUAAACGGAUCUUUUGAGCGAAUGUUCAGAGCAAAGUAGUUAAUAAUCCGAGCCGUAAGUGAAGGCAGCACCAGUUGAAACUCCGACCGGAAACAGCUGAGAGACUUUUCCCAGUCGGGACCAGAAACCACAGAACCGAACCUGGAGCAGAGUUUUUCAGGGGACCAGUUCAGCCCGGUACCAGCUGGAGAGCCUGCCGGAAGUGGUUCCGGUUCGGCAGGGAGUGUUUAUGGCGUUAUUGGUCCAAAGGAAUGUCUCAUCUGAGGACCGACUGGACCACAGACAGCAGCAGGAGGAAUUCUGAUCUCUGAUUCAGGACUGGGACAAAGAUCUUGGUGGACUUCCUGGACGCUACUCAUUGAUGAGAGAGUCUCUGGAGGUCAUGGGUCCUCCACAGACCCAGGGAUCUCCAGCUGUUCCUCAGAUGGGGGUUCGCGCCCGUGUGUCAAACUGGUCAAAGAAGCGGGACACAGGGAACGCCCGGCCUUCCUCGAGAGUCGACAGGCUGGGACCGUGCCAGUUGGAUGGACCUUCUAGGAAGUUUCUGGAGGACAACCUGGACCUGUCAGGUGGGUCGAAGACCGGCGUCCAGUUCUUCAGGACAGGCCAGGUGAGGAUGAAGAGGAGCAACAGCGAGGCGACCAUCAGUGACUUUGACUUUGGUUCUGAGGACGCCGGUCCCGCAGCCACGCUGACCAGAAGACACGGCAGCUCGUCCAGCGUGGACUUGCUGAGCUCAGCGGGGUUCUGGGGGGUUCUGGACCAGGAGCCCAGUGCUCCUCCUCCCAUGCCUGAGCCUGACGCCAUCUCUGCCGUGCUUUCUCCCAGCCUGCAGGCGGCUGUCCAGAUUGCACGUGGGGACAUUGUCUUCAUUCCAGGACAGGAUACUGACAGAGUUCACAGAAAGAAGACGGAGACGUCUGUCCUCGGCCGCCUGAGGCCUCAGCGGACCAACAGCGUUGAGGUGUACCAGGACAGCAGCUGCCCUUUGACCCCUCACAGGUGGUUCUCUCAUUAUGAUGUUCAGAGUGUCCUUGUCUCUGUAGCAGAGGGACGUCCCUGUGCAGAAGCUCCUGAUCUGCUGCCGUUAGUGGGACAGGAGGACCAGGAUGGUGACGAGCGGAGCAGCGCUCUGGUCCUAGCCUGUCCUCACUUCCUGAAUGAGCUUGGAGGGGAAAUGGACCAGAACUUGGACCUGACCCGGCCCGGCAGCUCCACCGGCACCAAUGCUGCAGUGUCUGUCCUGGAGGCGUCCACAGGAAGCAAGCGCUGUCCCGCAGACCUCAGGGGGACAGACGAGUACCUGGACCUGGGAGCCAUGUACUACCAGAAAUACUUCUACACCAAAGAUCACCAGAAUUAUUUUGGCGUUGAUCCAAAGUUCGGUCCGGUUUCUCUGAGCGUCCGUCGAGACGCUGUGGAUGAUGGAGGAAACCCGACCAGGUUCUGCUACAGGAUCAUCCUCCGGACUGGCCAGCUGUCCACCCUGAGAGGAUCCAUCAUGGAGGACUCGGUCCCUUCUUCAUCCAAACACGGGACGGGUCGAGGUCUUCCCCUGAAGGAUGUCCUGGAAUUUGUGGUCCCAGAACUCAACAUCCAGAGUCUGCGAGCGGCGAGCCGUUCCCCCCAAGUCCCAGACCUGCUGCUGCAACUGGACCAGCAGGAGCUCAUCCUCCAGCACAGAGUGGACCUGCAGUUGAGCCGGGCCGGUCAGAACACGGGAGAGACCAGCAGUCCUGCCCUGACCCAGUUCCUAAACUUGCUGGGCCACAGCGACCCGAUGAAGACUUUCUACAAGCACCAAGACCAGCAGAACUCUGGCAACUCAACAGAAAGUCCAACUGUUUCCAUGAUGUUCGGAGAGUUUCAGCUGACAUUCCAUGUUUCUGCCCUGCUACAAACUGCUGCCGAUGGUUCUGGUCAGGUGCUGAGGUCACACCUUGUUGGGAACGAUGUCACCGUGAUUUUCCAGGAACCCGAUGCUCCGCCCUUCAAGCCCCAGAUCAUCCGUGCCGACCUCCAGCAUGUCUUCAUCAUCGUUAGAGUCCACCAACCCUGCACCCAGCACACCUGUUACAGUCUUGCCGUGUCUAGGUCCCGGGGCGUCCCGCCCUUCGGUCCAUCAAUCCCAUCUGGUUGGAUGGCUCCUUCCUCCUCUGCCUUCGUGGACUUCCUGCUGACCAAGAUCAUCAACGCCAAACACGCCACCCACAAGUCCGAGUCGUUUGUCACCAUGGCGACGUUUGCUCGCAAGGAGCAGCUGAAGCAGUUGGUGAACAGCUUUGUAACGACGACACCAUUGGACUCCUCCUCCGGCGUCCGCUUCAGCUUUAUCUCUCUGGGCGGAAAGAAGAAGGAGCGUCUGGCGCCGCAUCCGCUGGCCUACCUGCAGAGCGCAGGGGCCCUCACCUGGAGCGUGACGGUUCACAACCCCCGCACUUCUGUUGCAGUCGCCUGCCGACUGGCCGUCUCCAGCGAGCUGCUGGUGCUGAUAGAGGAGGCGGGCAGAAAGGUGGUGUUUCAAUGUUCAUGCAGGGACGUGAUUGGCUGGAACACCGCACACGGAUCCAUCCAGGUGUUCUACCAACACGGACUUUGUGUGGCGUUUUCCACACGGGAUGGCCGCUGGGAAGACUCCCAGGAGAUCACGCAACGAUUGAAGACGGUGACCCACGGCGCUGCGGGGGCAGCCGUGACUCUGAGGAGGAACCGGCUCGGUCAGCUGGGCUUUCACGUCAACUUCGAGGGCAUGGUGGCCGACGUCGAGGCCCACGGCUUCGCCUGGCAGGCGGGUCUUCGCCCCGGCUGCCGCUUGGUGGAAAUCUGCUCAGUUCCCGUGGCAACACUUUCUCACGAGCAGAUGAUUGAGCUGCUGAGGACGUCAGUGAACGUCAGCGCCAUUGUACUCCCGCCCCUCAGAGACGGGACGCCACGCAGGAGUUUCUCUGAGACCCAACGGCUCCCCCUGCUGGAGGCCAGACUGGACCCUGAUGUCACUUCCUGCCCCUAUGGGAGCUCUGCAGCCCCGCCCACUGCCAGAACACCGUCCAAUCAGAGUCCAGUCCAACUGAGCUCUUCCUCUGACAUCAAGAACGACAUCAGAGCUCCUCCUGAUUGGUUUGUCGGUUCUGAGGGACGCACCGGGUCCACUCGACACCGAUCCAGCAGAGACAGAGAACCCAGACUCCACGGUCUUCCUCAGCGAGCGAGUCCAGCAGACGGAGACGGCAGCCGGCGGCCGCAGUUUGCAGCCACAAGUUGCUCGAGUUGCAGCAACACGUUGUCCAGCAGCAGCAGUGACGGCAGGACCUCGACGCCUCAGCUCACCUGUCUCAGCGGCGUGUCGGUGGACAGCGGCAUAGACUCCGCCCUCUACUCGCCGUCAGCCCUGCCUGCCGUUGCUGGGGCAACGCUGGUCCUGACGGACGUCCACAGGAAGGAGUCGGCGGGGCAGAGCCGUCUCGUGACCGACCUCAGAGGCUCUGUUGCUAGAGACUAUCGUGGAACCAGAUGUUCAUCAGCAGAUAGAGUGAAGCCAGAUUCACCUUUGACCCGUCCAGGUGACGCCAGCUGGGAUGCAGAGCGUCUCUGCAGCCAGGAUACCUGUCCAUGGGAGGCGGAGCUUAGCUGGUUGAACAGCGGUUUGUUACUGGAGGAUACUGGCAGACCCAGCCAUCGUCCAAUCAGAGGCCAGAAGUCUACCUGCAGAGCCGCUGGAGUCUCUGCCCUGUUUCCAUGGAAACGUCUGACCCGCAGCAGGUCACAUGACAGUUUGUCCCUUGCCAGUGGCGGGACUCUACAGAGCCCCGCCCACAUCCUGCGGCGCCGCCACAGCGCACCGGCCAUCAGACGCCGGCCUGCAGCUCUUCAGAAAGGUGUGUUUCCAUCGUCUCUCACUGACCAUCAGCUCCGUUACAUUCAGGAAGUGACAUCAGGGAGCCCUGCGUUGAACAGUGACAUCACAGCUUCCCUCUCAGGUAAAGUGUCUCAGCUGGAGGAGAUCCUUCAGCGGCUUCAGCUGGACCUGCUGAAGGAGCAGCAGGACAAAGCGGCGCUGCAGCAGCAGAUUCUCGACCUGCGACGGGACAACCUGCGCCUGCAGGAGGAGAGCCGCAGCGCCGCCCUGCAGAUGCGACGUUUCACCGCAUGGAUGCUGCACAGGGGCUCGUUGCCAUGACGCCACCAGCCGUCCAGUCAGGACGGGCUGCUCAGGGUCUGCCAGACAAAAACACCAGAACCACUGGGCCUGUUCAGAACUCGUUAGGUGUCAGAAAGUUUGUGGGAUGAAACCCGACGUCACAUCUGCUGAGCCUCCUGUUCUGACCCGGAUGCUGGUUCUGGUUAACUGCCAGAUAAAAUCAGAACCUUUGUCUGGACUCCGGGGGUGAGAAACGUCAUCAGAACCGAACCGAUCAGAACAGAAGUGUGAACCAGACCUGAUGACGGAGGAUGAUUCUGGUCGGGUCAAAUCGGGUCGGAUGUAAAUAUCUUCAUGUUUUGGACGUUUUGUUUCUGCUUCCAUCACUUCCUGUUGUCAAGGAAUAUCUGGUUCAUUUAUUCAUGAAGAGAAAUUUCUCUGAACUUCAACUUGAUUAAAUAAUUUAACUGAUCAGCCAGUGCAACACUG